GUCAAGUUAAGAGAUAAGUGCGGAGUACUCCGUACGCUGCCCGGAUAUUCUAAAAAUCAAGAAACGCCAGGAUACGUUCAAGCGAACUGAUAGAAACAGAGUUCUUCCGAGCUACAGAGCCUGAUUUCCCGAGUCACGUCUUCCAGCUUUAUAAACCAUACCAUUUUGGAGGGCAUCAUGCUUCCUCUAGGUCUUCUCAAUGCGUCGCAAGGCCAUCCGAUGCUCGUCGAGCUAAAGAACGGAGAAACCCUCAAUGGUCACCUGGUCAACUGCGACAGUUGGAUGAAUCUUACCCUCAAAGAAGUCGUUCAGACCAGUCCCGAAGGAGACAGAUUCUUCAGACUACCUGAAGUUUAUGUUAGAGGAAAUAAUAUCAAAUUUCUCAGAGUUCCAGAAGAAGUUGUCGAGAUAGCUAGAGAUCAGCAGCAGCAAAACCAACCGUCAACUCGUGGGCGUGGCGGUGCACAACAAUCCCGUGGUGAUAUGGGACGAGGAGAACGCGGCAGAGGCGGAGGUCGUGGUGGAAGAGGCCGAGGAAGAGGGAGAGGAGGAUGAUAUUUGACGAUUGUUGCUCAGUCCUGAAAGAAAGCACAUUGGUAUUCUCUCUGUUAUGAAAUAAUGACUUUUUGUGAACAUGAGAACUGGGCCUGAAACAACACAACCGUACGGUUCUCCCGAACGACUCAAUCCUCGUACUCCUUCAUGCGUACGCAGGAGUCCUGCUCCAAGUAGCGAGAAUGCUCGAUAUGCGGGGGAAUCUGUAUCGCUUGUAGAUGGAGAGCCUAUCUACGGUACAGAAUGGACGUAUGCUAAAUGGGACUUGAACAAAUCAUUCCCAGGGCUAAAGAUUUAGAUAUCUAAAAAUGUUAUAUACAUCUGUCUCCCGGUUACAUCCAGGAAUAUUGCCUA